GGCGCCGACCAGCAGCCGGGAAGGACGCCUGGGCGCGCGCCGCACUCACCUACCCUCAGCCGCCGCGGCAGCCGCUGACCCGCCACCAUGGCCCGCGGAAAAGCCAAGGAGGAGGGCAGCUGGAAGAAAUUCAUCUGGAACUCGGAGAAGAAGGAGUUUUUGGGCAGGACCGGCGGCAGCUGGUUUAAGAUCCUUCUCUUCUACGUGAUAUUUUAUGGCUGCCUGGCUGGUAUCUUCAUCGGAACUAUCCAAGUGAUGCUGCUUACCAUCAGCGAAUUCCAGCCCACGUACCAGGACCGCGUGGCCCCCCCAGGAUUAACACAGAUUCCUCAGAUCCAAAAGACUGAAAUUUCCUUCCGCCCGAACGAUCCUAAGUCCUAUGAGGCAUAUGUGCUCAACAUAGUUAGGUUCCUGGAGAAGUACAAAGAUUCUGCCCAGAAGGAUGAAAUGAUUUUUGAAGACUGUGGCAACGUGCCCAGCGACAUCAAGGAACGGGGAGAAUUUAACAACGAGCGGGGAGAGCGGAAAGUCUGCAGGUUCAAGCUUGAGUGGCUGGGAAAUUGCUCCGGCAUAAACGAUGAGACUUACGGCUACAAAGAGGGCAAACCGUGCAUCCUCAUAAAGCUCAACCGAGUUCUGGGCUUCAAACCUAAGCCUCCCAAGAAUGAGUCCUUGGAGGCUUACUCAAUGAUAAAGUAUAACCCCUACGUCCUGCCUGUCCAGUGCAUUGGCAAGCGAGACGAAGACAAGGACAGAGUGGGAAACGUGGAGUACUUCGGCCUGGGCGGCUACGCCGGCUUCCCUCUGCAGUAUUACCCCUACUACGGCAGGCUCCUGCAGCCCAAGUACCUGCAGCCCCUGCUGGCCGUGCAGUUCACCAACCUCACCAUGGACACGGAGAUCCGCAUCGAGUGUAAGGCGUACGGUGAGAACAUUGGGUACAGUGAGAAAGACCGUUUUCAGGGACGCUUUGAUGUAAAAAUUGAAGUUAAGAGCUGAUCACAAGCACCAAUCUUUCCCACUAGCCAUUUCAAAAGUUAAAGAUACAAAACAAAAAACCUACUAGUCUUGAAUAAACUGUCAUACGUAUGGGACCUACACUUAAUCUAUAUGCUUUACACUAGCUUUCUGCAUUUAAUAGGUUAGAAUGUAAAUUUAAAGUGUAGCAAUAGCAACAAAAUAUUUAUUCUACUGUAAAU